AUGUGCGAACCUGACUGUGCUGUCAUUUGAAGCUGUGAUAAUUCAGUGUCUUUUUCUGGUCCAACCUAGUAGUUUCCGUGGGAUUUUUGCCUCCCAUCUCGUGUCAUCACACAUCAUGCCAGUAUCUAGGAUCGCAUUGUUAUUGUGUGUGCUGGUGUGGCCCGCCCUCGUUUGGGGCGGCAAUCAAGCCAGUACGGGUGGAAGUGCGGGCUCCAAUGCUCAAGCGCGGCUCCUGGUCGCCAAACAGAUUCAGAACAAGUACUUGGUGGAGGGCAAGGAUAUCGUGGUCAAGUACUCCUUGUACAACGUGGGCGAGAGUGCGGCGCUCAACGUGUUGUUGAGCGAAAAGGGCUUUGGCGAGCAAGAUUUCGACGUGGUGGGCGGACAGAUGAACGUGCGCUUGGAUCGAUUGGCGGCCGGAGCCAAUCACUCGCACGUGGUGGUGGUCCGCCCUAAGCGAUUUGGAUACUUCAACUUCACGGCCGCUGAGGUCAAGUACCAACCCUCGGAGGAGAUCCAGACCAUUCAAGUGGGUUACACGGGCACGGAGCCCCACCAAGCGCCCAUCAUCGCUCUCCGGGACUAUGAGAAACAAUUCUCUUCCCAUAUGCUCGAUUGGUUGGCCUUUGCCGCUAUGACUCUGCCUUCAUUGGGCAUUCCAUUCCUGUUGUGGACUUCCAGCAAGUCUAAAUACGAGGCCAUUGCCCGCUCCAAAAAAGAUUGAGACUACUCCGUUCGAGGUCCACGGUGUGGAGGAGAGCGAUCGUCAUCCGAAACUUGGACUUUUGACACACUCUUACGUCGCAAUUGAUGUUGUUUUUACUUUUUACGCCAGUAGGCCGAUCCCAUCUCGGUCUUUUUCAUAAGAUCCCACCGGAUCCCUACCUGGACUCGUUGGCUGGCUUCGGCUGCAAUCGAGCUUUUGUUGUGGCUGAAAAUACAACCAUUUCCCUCAACUA